ACAUCCUCAGAAGGUGAAAAGAGAGACCUGGUGGGUGGGACAGCCCACAGACAGAGAGCCAGCCCUGGCCAUCAGCACUGACACCAAAGACUACAACAAGACACCAGGAGAACACAACCAGAGACUACAGCAACACACCAGGAGAACACAACCAGAUCCCUUUUUGAUCUUUCUACGUUGAACUGUUAGUUUAAAACGAUGAGUUUGAAAAAUAAAUUGAUGCAUGAGGUGCAUGCUGAUACUCCGAUGAAGGCAACAUCAAAAGUCUCAAUUGUGGGUGCUGGGCAAGUUGGCAUGUCGUGUGCUAUUUCCAUUCUACAGCAGCAUAUUGCUGAUGAGCUGGCUCUAGUUGAUAGAGUGGCAGAUAAACUGAGGGGAGAAGCUCUGGAUUUGCUACAUGGUAGCCUCUUUCUGAAAUCCAAAAUUUCAGCAGACACAGACUUUCUGGUUACAGAAGAUUCAAAGAUAUGCAUCAUCUGUGCUGGUGUGAGACAGACAGUGGGAGAAGUCAAAAGGAGACAGCUGCAGAAAAACAUAGCUACCUACAAGGAGAUCAUCCCUCAGCUGGUCAAGCACAGUCCGAAUGCUGUUUUGCUAAUUGUUACUAAUCCAGUGGAUAUCAUGACCUAUGUGGCCUGGAAACUGAGUGGUUUCCCAAAGCAUCGUGUGAUUGGCACAGGCACGGACUUGGACACCGCCAGGUUUCGUUUCUUAUUGGGCGCAAAGUUGAGAAUUAAUCCAAUCAGUGUCCACGCUUACAUCAUCGGUGAACAGGGAGAUGAAAGUGUUGCUAUUUGGAGCAGUGCAAAUGUGGCUGGUGUCAACCUGGAGUCAUUAGAUGAAAAGCUAGCAAAUGAACAGGGAGAUCAAAUUCAUAAAAAGGUUAUAGAAAGUACCCAUGAUGUCAUAAGGCUGAAAGGAUACACUUCCUGGGCCAUUGGUUUAAGUGUGGCCAGUAUCGUGAAUGCAAUUUUGAAAAAUAUCCGAUCCAUCCACCUGGUGUCCAUCAAUGCAAAAGAUGAGCACAAUAUCACAAACGAUGUCUUUCUCAGUCUCCCCUGCGUCCUGGGAAUAACAGGAGUAUGUGGAAUCUUGAGACAACAACUCAAGGAGAAAGAAGAAGUAAAACUGAAAAACAGUGUGGAAAAUCUUUUGAAGAUCCAGCGGGAAAUCAUAUUGUGAACAAAAUGCUAAGUACGAGGCCCCACUAAAUGACGGAAAAUCAGCACACCAUCACUUAUAGGUGUCACAUUAUGUAAAGUGUAUAUUCAUUGUGAAUGUUAGUCAAGUUGUUUGUGGAAGUUGCACAGAAGUUAGGUGGGAAAAUAUUUUAGAUAUUGCUACUAGCGUUAUAUGAAACCCAAUAACUAGUAUGCAAUAAAACAGAAACCAAAUCACAAGCAUGCUAACUUAAUAUAAACUCCCCAAUUUGCUAUCCAUGUUAUAGUUAAGAAAUACAGCAGCCUCUGUAGGUUAAAGGUUAAUAAAUGGUAAGGAUGUCCUGAAAACAGUAGUGUCCACAUCAAGUCCCACAUUAUAAAAAGUAAUAACUCUUUACAAAAAAUGCACCAGACAUGAAUAGCCAGAACAUUAUUACUCCAAUAAAUGCAGCGAUCUAUGACUGGGUGCCAGUGCUUUGAGUUUUAAGUUCGUAGACCCUGGCUGCAUUCAGCCUCAAUGUAAAAUUUAAAGGAUACUUCAAAAUGGAAGUCUCAACACCAACUCUGCCAAAUGACCUCCAUUGUCUAAACACAAAUAUGUUUUACUAACAAGGUCGAAACUCAAUGUGCAGUAACACAGAUGGACCUCUGGGAAAUAUUAUUCUUGCUCAUAACAAAAAACAAACAGCACAAUGCAGCAGUGCUACAUUUACAUUGUGUUUCAUGUGAUAGUAAGAUUUUCCUCGCUAUGUCUGUGGGAGCUCUGCAGGGUACAUAUGAUUGCAGAAUAUGAUGUCAGGAAUUUAGCUAACUUACUCUAAAUGUCAUGCUUUCAGCCAGCGACAAAAUCAACUGAUUUCUGCUACAAAAUUGAAGUUUUCCAAUUGGUGAGUAAGCAAACAGUUUGGAGGCAAAAUUGGCAUCAAUUGUAGCAAAUUUACAGUGAAAACAGAAAACUGGGAAUACACAGCUGGUCCCUCCCCAGCUGUAAUAAUGAUAGGUUAAUACUUAGUGUGAAUCCUUCCAUAUUUUCUGUUUUUAAUUGGAGGUUCCAGCAUUUACAGUUCCCUUGAUGCCCUCGUAUGCAUUCCUGUCCAUGUUUCCACCCCAGAUUUCCGCAGACCUUAAACUGACUUGCUGCACUUCUGCAGCAUUCAGAAGAAGGUGGCAUCGAGCAACAAUAGUUCAGAUUUUAGAGGCUGCUGGAUUGCUUCAGUACAUUGAAUCUAAGAAAAGCAAACAGCACAAAGCAAACAUGCCCCUGUACAGAAAACACACUCUUUUAAAAUUUUUUUUAAAAUUUCUGGGAAAGAGAAGGCAGGUGACAGUAAAUUCUUCCUCAACCAAUUUUUCUCUUAUCCUAACUCCCAGUUUGGAUGUUCAUUCAAGGCAUAAGAAAAUUUGCCCCAUUGUUUCAAACAUUCGAUUGCAGACUGCCUUGCAGUUAAUAAAUUGCUUAUUUUUACAAAUUACAACUUUAGAAAAAAAUUGUUCAUAACUUCUUCUGAUUCGAUUUAUUUAGUUAUCCUACUCCUGUUGUUGACUUAAAACAGCAUUUAUAUUUCCAACAUUUAGAACGGAUAAAGGUAUUGCAUAAACUGAAACAAAAAGGAGGGAACAUUGAAUAUCCUCUUUUAUUCUGAAAUUGUGAAAGCAAGCCCUUCUUUAAACAAAAGCACAAUCUAUGAAUAUAAAAAGGUGCAUGUCUGGAACACAGUUAUUUCUAAAACAUUGUGUUAUCUAUUUGACAUGUGGGACCUGAUUCUAAUUCUGUGCAAAAGGAUGGAUUUCAAAUGAAUCAAAAUUUCACCCAUUAAAUCAGCGUGGGGUUUGACUCUCAGUACAUUUCCUGUAAAGUUACUGGAGAAAUUACAUGCCAAGAUUUUUCUUCUGUUGUCAUGUGAUGGAUUGUGAUUCAGUAGUGUGCAUCUUUCUUUGGUUAAUCUUCAUCUAUUAUUUGUACUAAGUAAAAAGCUGUUUUACAAUGUUAUGAAAUUUUAAAUAAAAUAUUACAUGGAACACACCGCUUCAUUAAAA